GAAUUUACUAGGGUACUCCCAAAGAUAGAAACGCAGCAAGAGUCUCGGUAAGGAGAAAUGGAGUGGUGCGUGUCAAUGCCAAAGAUAGAACUACAUGCUCACCUCAAUGGAUCCAUCAGAGACUCCACACUUCUAGACCUCGCUAGAGCUUUGGGUGACAAGGGUCUCAUAGAUUUCUCCCAGGUCGAGCAUGUUAUCCUUAAAAAUGAUCGUUCAUUAAGUGAGGUAUUCAAGUUGUUUGACUUAAUCCACAUUGUUACGACCGAUCACUCGAGUAUUACCAGAAUUACCAAAGAGGUUGUUGAAGAUUUUGCAUCUGAGAAUGUUGUAUAUCUGGAGCUGAGAACCACACCAAAGAAAAAUGAUUCCCUAGGAAUGAGCAAACGUUCUUACGUGGAAGCUGUUCUGGAAGGUCUAAGAGCUGUCAGUUCAGUAGAUGUGGCUUUCAUUCCUAACAGCGAGGAGCCUGUGAAUCUUUCAAGCACAUUACUCUCAGAUGCGAGUGAUAAAUGUAAUGGAAACACUAGAAAAAAAAUAUUUGUUAGGCUCCUCUUGAGCAUUGACCGUAGGGAGACAACAGAAGCGGCAAUGGAAACGGUCAUGCUUGCACUGGAAAUGAGGCGUUUUGGGGUUGCUGGAAUUGACCUUUCUGGGAAUCCAGCUGUUGGUGAAUGGAUUACAUAUCUGCCAGCAUUGAUGUUUGCUCGACAGCAAGGUCUUUAUGUAACUCUUCAUUGUGGAGAGGUAUCAAAUUCAAAGGAGAUACACAAUAUGCUUGACUUUCUCCCGCAGAGGAUUGGGCAUGCUUGUUUCUUCGAGGAAGAACAUUGGAGAAAGCUGAAGUCGUCUAACAUUCCGGUUGAAAUUUGUUUGACAUCAAACAUUAGAACAUUGUCUGUUCCAACGAUAGAUGCACAUCAUUUUGUUGAUUUAUACAAUGCAAAACAUCCUUUAGUCCUGUGUACUGAUGACUCGGGCGUAUUUUCUACCAGUCUCUCCAACGAAUAUAAGAUCGCUGCUUCUACGUUUGGCCUUGGACAGAAGGAAAUGUUUGAGCUAUCAAAGAACUCCAUCGAGUUUAUAUUUGCAGAUGAUGUAGUAAAGGAGGCUUUAAGAAAAACUUUUGAUUCAGCAGCUAAGAGUCUGACAUUGUAGGUAGAGUGUCACACUGUGGUGAUAUGGUGAUGUUUUUAGGUAUAUGUUGAUGAAGUGACUCUCGUAUGAGCCAAUUUUAUAUUUGACCAGUUGGAAUAAUGGGCGGCUAUGAA